GCAUCCCCCCUGCUCUUUAUAUCCCACCUCAUUCCCCCUUGCUCCCUCCUCAGCUAGCCCGCCUCUAGCUUUACUCACACUCGUCCACAGACGCCGCGACCCGCGAACGAACGCACAGUCGCCGAAGGCGCGAGAUAGUACAUACAAAUAUACAGUACAAUGCCGGCGGACGCGGCGGCCAAGGGCGUGAAGCUGGAGCGGUACGCGAGCGGCGGCGCGCUGCUGCUCCGGCGCGUGGCGAGCGGCAAGCUCGUGUCGGCGUCGUCGCACCUGCUCUUCCGCGCCACCGUGCUCGCCACGAUCGCACUCGUCUUCCUCUUCACGCUCCACUACCCGUCCCUCCUCUCCCGCUCCUUCUCCCUCUCUUCCUCUUCCUCUUCCUCCUCGCCCACGCCGCUGCAGCACGCCUCGCACCGGAGCCUUCUCAUGUCCUCCUCCACCCCGGCUGCUUCAGCGGCGUCGGUGUACGGGUCCGAGAAGUGGCAGAAGGAGAUAAAGAAGAGCGCGAAGCCGCGCAAGGCCGACGGCGGCAUGUCGGUCCUCGUGACGGGCGCGGCCGGGUUCGUCGGCACCCACUGCGCGCUGGCGCUCAGGGCGCGCGGCGACGGCGUGCUGGGGCUCGACAACUUCAACUCCUACUACGACCCGUCCCUCAAGCGCGCGCGCCAGGGCGUCCUGGCGGCCCGCGGGGUCGUCGUGCUGGACGCCGACAUCAACGACGCGCCGCUCCUGGCCGCGCUCUUCGAGGCCGUGCCGUUCACGCACGUGCUCCACCUGGCGGCGCAGGCCGGGGUGCGCUACGCCAUGGAGGCGCCGCAGACGUACGUGGCCUCCAACGUUGCCGGCCUCGUCACCGUCUUCGAGGCCGCCGCCAAGCGGGCCGACCCGCAGCCGGCCGUCGUCUGGGCCUCAUCGUCCUCCGUCUACGGGCUCAACACGGAAUCGCCCUUCUCCGAGGAGCACCGCACGGACCGGCCCGCGUCCCUCUACGCGGCAACCAAGAAGGCCGGCGAGGCCAUCGCUCACACCUACAACCACAUCUACGGGCUCUCCAUCACCGGGCUGCGCUUCUUCACCGUCUACGGGCCAUGGGGCCGGCCCGACAUGGCCUACUUCUCCUUCGCGCGCGCCAUCGUGGCCGGGGAACCCAUCACGCUCUACGCCGACGCGCGCCGCGACUUCACCUACAUCGACGACGUCGUCAGGGGCUGCCUCGGCGCGCUCGACACCGCCGGCAAGAGCACCGGCAGCAGCUCAAGGUCCGGGAAGAAGACCGGGCCGGCGCCGCUGCGCGUGUACAACCUCGGCAACACCUCGCCCGUGCCCGUGACCCGGAUGGUCGCCAUCUUGGAGAAGCUGCUGGGGAAGAAGGCCAACAAGCGAGUCAUCGCCAUGCCCAGCAACGGGGACGUGCCAUUCACCCACGCCAACGUGAGCCACGCGGCGCACGACUUUGGCUACCGCCCCACCACCUCCCUCGACGCCGGCCUCCGGCACUUCGUCGACUGGUUCGUGGAGUACUACAAGCUCGACACCAAGGUCGCCAAAGCCGCCCGGGCAGGCACCGACAAAAAGCCAACGAAGAAGAAGGCCGCAGCCAUGUCCGCGUCGUCGUGAACUCGAUAAGAGCCAGAGCACCACCAAAGUGUGUAUUCGAUCCCUAGCUAAUUGUUGGAGGCAUUAAAGUUGUCUGCAACCAUGUAAGAAGUGUUGAUCUCAAGCUGUUUAGUUAGUGAAUAAUGGGGGUAUCCAGCAAGGGAUAGGAUCAUAUGCAAAACUGCAAAUAACUGUUUCUAGAUAAGAUGGGGGGGUAUAGAUAAGAGCAAACAGAGGAGCCAGGACUGAAGAAAGAUGAAGUCACUGGCUCCCAUUCAGUCAAAAUUGUUUCUUGUUCUUUCUGGGCAUAAAUGUGUCACUUCUUUUGUUCUUCUCGGUCAUUUGGUCAUGUGAACCAUCAUUAUAUGCUGUGGCGAAUGGAUCCAAACCCGCACAGCUUUGCCCAA